ACAGCACACCAGCGCUCGUGCUCCUGUUCCUCGCUUGUUCGAGAAGGGCGACGACUCAAAAACCAUGGGCACGGCAUCACAAUGGACGGUGAGAUGUAUGCUACUGGCGGCUUGGUCCGCCAGCAACAACGCCGGCUCAGAGGCUUUCACUUUCACCUACAGAUCGCCAACUCAUCAUGCGACGACACCGCCUCGACAACAAGCGACGUCGACAACACCAGUAACAUCGCAGCGUUGCGAUCGUGCCUUCUCCAGCCCUCCUUCAGCAGGCACACUGGCAUCGCCUCACGGACCGAAACGUAGAUUGGGCCAUCUCCACGCAGAUAGGCAGGACGGUAUAGCAGCAGGGCCGGCGAGAUCGUCAGGGACACUAAGAGCUGCACCAGGAGGCAGCCACUCCAACUACUACAGCAGCGCCAGUGAGGGUCGUGGUGGCAGCGGCCGGCGAAGGCGGAGCGCGUCUGGCCCGAUGUUUGCUGAGGACAAGGGUUGGCUGGACGCCUUGAAGGGCAUGGCUGAUGAGCCUGGGCUGCCAUUAGGUCCUAGCAAGAAGAUGUCGGGGCUCGGCGGGGUGGUCGCGGAAGACAGUCGGGUAGCGGAGAAUAACGCACUCAAGGAGUGGAUGGGGGAGAACGGCGUCUGGGUCUACGACAAGAGCGAUUGGGGCGUUGGGCCGCACGCGCUAUCCGUCGCGGUGGAUACGGUGGAUGAAAACGAAAAUGAGACGGCGGGGCGAGGCAUGAUAGCCAACCGAGAGAUCAAGGAGGGCGACGAGCUUUUCACGCUGCCCAUCGACCUGCUCCUCACCAAGGAUGCCGCCAAGAAGGAGUUCGGAGCUGACGUGAUCACGGAAGACUUGUCUGAGUACAUCGCCAUCGCUCUCCUUGCGGUUCACGAGAAGGCCAAGGGGAAGGAUAGCUUCUGGAGCAGCUACAUCGGAGUUUUGCCCACCGUGGAAGAGGUGUACCCGACGUACCUCUGGGCGGAGGAAGACUUGGCGCUGCUAGAAGGGUCUCCCGUCAUCGCUGCUACCGAGUCCAUGCGGCGCAAGCUGGAGGUGGAGUACGCCACUGUGGAGAACGAUUUGCUCGACAAAUUCCCGGAGAUCUUGCCUAGGGAGGUUCACACUUUCGAGGAGUUCCAGUGGGCGUUCGCGAUGUUGUUUUCAAGAGCGAUACGACUGGGAGGUCUUAGCACCGGGGAGGCGGUUGCCCUCGUGCCGUACGCGGACCUGUUCAACCACAACCCGUUCGCGAACAGCUACAUCGACGCGCGGCAGCAGGGGUUGUUCUUCUCCAAGACGGACGAGGUGGUGGUGUACGCUGACCGGUCCUACAAGAAGAUGGAACAGGUGUACAUCUCUUACGGGCCUAAGGGGAACGCGGACCUCCUCCUCCUGUAUGGCUUCUCGCUAGACCGCAAUCCCUACAACUCGGUGGACGUCACCAUCUCCCUCGAUGAGAACGAUGAGCUGUACGAACGGAAGAAAGCAUUCCUGUCGGAAGCGGGGCUGCCGCCAACCAAAGCUUUUCCUCUCUACAACGACAGGUACCCAGACGAGCUGCUGCAGUACCUCCGGCUGAUCCAGCUCAACACCGACCAGCUCCGCGGCCGGACUCUGGAGGACCUAUCGUUCGAGAAGAAGCUGACCGACGUUAAUGAGCUCAUGGUCCUGGACAGCCUCGUAGAGGCCUGCAAGGCCGCGAUAGCGGGGUACCCGACCACAGAGGAGCAAGACUCAAAAUUAAUGAACGACCCGGGGAUGUUCCGCGCCCUCUCCAAGACGCAGCGCAUGGCGGUCAAACACCGGCGGCAGGAGAAGGUUAUCUUGAGACGGACCAUCGCGGCCGUAAACAAGGAAAAGGAGAAGCUGCGGAUUCCACUCGGCGGCCUUCCUCAAUAAGCGGCGGAAUUAUAGUUUUUUUUCUUCUGGGGGGGAUCCCCAUGCUAUCGUGCCAUUUGCGGGCCGCGGAGGAAGGGGUGUGGUAUAUUAAAAAUAGGACGUGUAGCAGCUAAAAAAAAAAAUGUCUGCUGUUGUGCUUCGCUUGUUGGUUCGAGCUUUGAUCGAGAAAUCUCAAAAGCGUUCAAGCGUGUUAUGGGUAACCAGGCUAGCACGGGAGGCACUGGUCGCACACUAGGCCUUCGCGCACAAAAGUGUAGAAAGGCGUACAGCAGUACAUGUGGCACCAAUGGCGGUGCGUAGCAGCGUCUGUGUGUUGUUGUUAUGUGCCCCUCUCCGCGGAAAGAGAGAGAGAGAGGCCGCUGCUGCUGCUGCAACCAAAUGUUGAUCUCGCCUCUCGCUUCCUCCACCGAUAGCUAGCAGCAGCAGUGUAUGGCACACCCUUCUCCCGCCGUCUCGCCCUCGCUGUGGUCUGUGUUUCCCACUCCCUGUUUGUCCAUGUCUGGCUCUGUGUAUGUGUGGUGUGUGGUGUGCAAGGCUAUCUGUCUUGGUUCAAAACCAAACGACGCCUCCUCUCUGUGUUGCAAGGGGCCAGAAACUUCCCUGCUUCAAGUUGGGUACCGACGCCGCACUAUCUCGACGCACCGAGCACGGAUUGAAAAGGCAGCAGUCGGGGCAGCUCGGGCAAGAUAUUACUUGUUGUGAACACGUCUUAGAUUGCAAUUUGGU